AUGACUGAUUUAAUAAAGGGAUUGUUAUCGCAGAUGAGCUCUAAAUUCAAUGAGCAAACCAAUCCAGAGUUAGUGAAGAAAUUGGAUUUUCAUGAUGAUAAAACACUGAAGUGGAAAACAUUAAUUAACAAUACAUACGCGAAAAAAGAUCGCGAGAAACGAAAUAAAAAUAGAAAUAAAGAUGGUGAAGAUUUGACGGACGAUAAAAGUUCAAUUCAACAGCAAGAACCAUCAACAUCUACUUCUUCAUUAAUUAAUACAGAUAUAUCAUUAAAUAGUUCAGAUUCUGAUAAUAAAAUUAUAGAUUCAGAAAGUAUGGAUAAUGCCGAAGAAACAAAAUCAAAUCAAAGUAUAAGUGAGAAGUUUGGUAAUAAUGUUAAAGAGAAAAAAAUCGUAAUUGACGAUGAUUUACAUACACCCGAACAAAAAAGUAAUGCUGCUGCACAACAAGCAGCCAGCACACAUACACUCAAAGGCGACGACGAUGAAAAAAAUAUUAUUUCAACUAAUUUACCUCAAUUGAAUACAAACAGUCAAGCAAUUGAAAGCAGCAACACCAAAGUAACACAAACCACUGUAACAACAACAGCAUUAACUGCUGAUAAGAAACAUGAUGAUAAUACUGUAAUAAUGAGCAGUAAAAUAAAUGAAAACGUAAGUAGUAUUGGUGUUGCUCUUAGUGAUGAUGAUAAGAAAGCUGUCUCCUCAACAUCAACAGCAGGAAAAACAUCAAAAGUUCCUGCAACUAUAACAAAUAAUAGUAAUACUUGCAAUAAAAUUAUUGAUAAAACAAUAAGUUCGUCACGAAAUUUAAGAAGUAACCGAAAUUCAACAAUCCAGCAAAAUAUUUUACAAAAUAGUUCAACAACACCAACACAGAGGCAAAUGUCGAAUAGUAGCAGCACUAUGUCGGAUGAUAAAAAUAAAAGUGAUGAAAUAGCAGUAAAAAGCGAUUUAGAUGAGAACGAAAUAACAAAUAAUGAGGAUUCAUCGAAUGCUACAACUGAUACUACACCGUCUGUUGUCAAAAAAGGACGUGGUCGUCCGAGAUUAGAAAUUAAUAAAAAUUUAUAUAAUAAUAACACGAAUGUUACUAAUAAUGUUGUUGCUUUGAAAAGUUCUAACGAUGGCAGUGGUAGUGCAGCAGAGGGAAAUGAAAAUGAAUUGGAUAUAAACCAAAAACGUGGUCGUGGAAGAAUGCCGAAAACGCGAUCGAUAAAUGAAUCGGUAAGUGAGGAGAAAAAAUGUGAGACACCCACAGAAGAUGUAGAUGUAAAAAAGGAAAUGGAAAUCGAAGAAUUACCCAAACGUCGAGGUAGAUCACGAAAAUUGGUUGAAGGGAAAGACGCAACUGCGGACUCGUCAGUUAAAGACGAAAAAGAAAUUGACAUUAUUCAGAGUAAUGACGAUGAGACAUCAAAAUCGCAAGAUCACAUGGAUGCUUCAAAACGAAAGCGAGGACGAUUAAUGAAAAAACCAAAUGAAAUUGAUUUACCUGUCGAGGAUAAAACAGAUAUCAAACCAUCAACUUCGGCUACAAACACACCUGAAAGUCCUGACGAUGCUAAACCGCGCCUGCUUAUGACAAUUCGCACUGAUAAAUCCGCAGUUCCAAAAAUUAUUGCGUUAAAUGCUAACACUAAUGGUAAUUCGUCUGAAAACUCAACAACAAAUGUUGUACCAGAAAAUAAUGUAACAGAAGAUCAGGAAAAAGUAAUUAAAAAGCGAGGUCGACGACCUAAAGUAAUUACUGGGAAACAAACACAAGCAAAGAAAACUACGAGAUCAGCAAAAGAUGAAUCGGAUGGAAACAUAUCAACUGAACAACAAAUUCCAAGUCCACGAAAAGUUGACCCAGUACUUUUAGCACCACCAAUUGGAAGAAUGCGUUCACAGCGGCGAAUUAAGCCAACUGCAAAAAUUUUAGAAAACGAAGAACUUCGUCAAGGAUUUGAAGUUACAAACUGCAAACGACUAAGUUUGAGCAAUGAAAAUUUAAUCGAUUCAUUUAUGAUUGAAAGAAGUCCGCCAGCAGCAAGUCGUAGUGGUCACGAUAGUAGCACCACUAGAUCACCUAAUGUUUCAUCACCAAAUCAUACAUCACAUGAUAAUAAUCAGGAAAAUUCGCCAAUACUCAAUAAAAUGAAUUUUCCUAAUAAGAAAGCAUGCCGUGAUCCUCAGGAAUUUUUGAAUGAAAUUAAGAGCUUUAAAAUAGGAACGAACAGGUCACCAGAGGAUAAUAAGAAAUUAACAAAGAGUCAACAUAGACGUCUAAUUAAACAAAAGGAAAAGCAUUUAGGCUUACUAGGUUUAAGACCUAAAAAUGACUAUUCAAGUAGUUCUAAUGAGUCUGAUUCUGAAGAAUUUAAUCCACAUAAUACGUCAUCUUCAAAGAGACCUACCAUAACAUUAAGAUUACGUAAUCAACACAAAUCUUCGAUGGGAAUAUCACCUGCUGAUCACAAACGCAAUGUAAAUUUAAGAAAACGUGAAAAUGAUCGUGAUAUUUUACAGUCAGAAAAGCGUAUGAAAAUGGCUAGUGUGACAUCAUCAGCAAAGGAAAUGGAAACAAGUGAUGAUGAUGACUGUUUUGUUGUCGAAAGUAACUCGAAAACUCAAAAUGAAGGCAAAGAAAAUAAUCACAUUAAUCUCGUAUGCUCGUGUCAUCAGAAAACAAAGUAUUACAUUAAACAAGGUCAGCAUGUAUCUUUAUCAGUUAAUGGGAAGAUUUUCUGUUGUGCAAUAGAUGAAAUUGAAAAGAGAAAAAUUGGAUGCACAAAUGAAUUAACAGACUCGUUAAUUUGCCUUUAUCGUCCAAGUGUAAAAGUUAGCUAUAUGGCACUUUGUAGUAGCCAUAAAAAACGUUUUGCUGCACAUAAUUGCUGCUCGGGAUGUGGACUGUUUUGUACUCAAGGAACAUUUGUUAUUUGUAGCAAUAAACACUUUUUCCAUCGCAAUUGUGCUACAAAAUAUAUUUUAAAUACACCAUAUGAGCCCAACAAUCCGAAUUAUACUGGUCCCACAUUACUCUUGAAGUGUCCACAUUGUGGAAUUGAUGCGCCUGAUUAUGAUUAUCGUGUCACAAUGAGAUGUGAAAAUUUACCAGUUUUUAUACAACACCGUAGUAAUGUUCCUAAACCAGCGAAGAUGGGUACAAUGCUUCGUCAUCCACAAAAUAAUCAUGUAAUCCAAUUGAAUAGUCUUAUUCUGAACAUUGAUAAGUUAAUUCCUGAUACCGUAAUGCAAAUUCUAAAAACUGCUUAUGAUCGCUUAAAGCUACAACAUGGCACAUCUGAUCUUUCUAAAUUAUUCGCACCAAAAGAUGUCUUUCAUGCAAUUUAUCGUAAAGAUGGUGAAGAACGAAUUUCAGAAAUUAUUGCAUCAGGCUUUAAUUUGAUGACACCAUUAAAAGAUUUUCAUAAUGGAACAUGCUUGCAUUUAAUAUCAAAUUUCGGAACAUUGACUAUGGCAUAUUUAAUCUUGAGUCGUGCAAAUUCACAUGAUUUUGUUAACAUGAUGGAUAAAGAGAUGAGAACACCAAUUAUGUAUUCAGUUGCUGGCAAGAAACAUGAUAUCUUGAAAUUACUCUGUCAGUGUGGUGCAGAUGUAACGAUCAAAGGACCAGAUGGAAUGACUGUUUUACAUCUUGCGGCAAAGAGUGGAAAUCUUGGUGCUACUCAAAUAAUUUUGGAAAAUUAUCGUCAAAUCGCUACAAUAUCAAAAUUGCAAAAAUUCAUCAACACUACUGACGAUGGUCAUUGGACACCAUUAGUAUGGGCUGCUGAAAAUGGACAUGGAGAGAUUGUAAAUUAUUUAAUUAGCUUAGGAGCCGAUCCUAACAUAUGUGAUUCUGAGAACAACACAGUCUUACAUUGGGCAUCACUUGCGGGAAAACUUGAAUCCAUUUAUCCACUAAUGACCAACAGUGAUCUCAACAUUCAAAAUAUUCAUGGCGACACAGCGUUGCACAUCAGUGCACGUCAAUCCAAGCCAAGAAUUUGUAUGUUGCUAAUGGCACACGGUGCAAAUUUAAAUAUUCGUAAUCUUGCUAAUGAAACGCCACUAGAUGUAGCCGACGAAAAAGGCGAAUGCGCAAAAUUAUUACGAUUUAAUAUGGAUUUACGAACCAUUGGCAUUGGUGGAUUUAAAAGUAAUAUUGGAGAUAAAUUAAUUUUAUGCAACGAUAUUUCAAAUGGAAGGGAAAUUUAUCCGAUUCAAAUUUCAAGAAAUCUACAACACAGUGACGAAACAAUCUUGCCAGAUUUUAAAUACAUCACAAAAAAUAUUCUUCUACAGAACUCAAUACAAAUUGAUCAGCGUAUAUCACAAAUGCGAAUUUGUGCUUGUUCUGAUAACUGUAUUUCUGAAAAUUGUCAAUGUGCACAAAUAUCAUUGCAAAAUUGGUACAACAUUGACGGUCGUCUUAUUGCCAACUUCAACUAUACAGAUCCACCGAUGCUCUUUGAAUGUAAUGAUGUCUGUGGAUGUAAUAAAUUACUCUGCAAGAAUCGCGUUGUUCAAAACGGAAUCAAACUUCCACUUACUGUCUUCGAGUGUGAUGAUAAGGUUAAGGGCUUUGGUGUAAAGUGCCUCACAAGAAUACGUAAAGGUUCAUUCGUUGCACAAUAUUUAGGUGAAAUUUUAACCGAUCAAGAGGCUGAUCGUCGAACAGAUGAUAGCUAUUUCUUUGAUCUAGGAGCAUCAGAUCACUGCAUUGAUGCAAACUUCUAUGGAAAUGUAAGUCGAUUCUUCAACCACUCAUGCUCACCAAAUAUUGUUCCAGUCAGGGUCUAUUUUGAGCAUCAAGAUUUGCGCUUUCCAAAGAUCGCACUCUUUGCAUCAAAGGAUAUUGAACCUGGCGAAGAAAUUGCCUUUGAUUAUGGCGAGAAAUUUUGGAUGAUUAAAUACAAAUACUUCAAAUGUUUAUGUAAGUCAGACAAAUGCCACUAUUCAGCUGAUAUGAUAGAUAAGACUGUUGCUGAAUAUCAUAAACGUCAUGGAGGUGGAGUUAGCAAUUAA